AUGGGACCGGGAGCGACACCGGGAAAGGCACAGACGGCGGGAGAAGGCCUGGUCGUGGCUCUGUGCUGGCUCGGUGCGGGGCUGCUGCUACUGCUGCUGCCCGGCGCCGGGGGUGACUGCCAGCAGCCCCCAAGGUUUGUCUUUGCUGAGCCUCCUGUGCCCACGCAGCCCUCCUACUCCGUGGGGACCAGGCUGAAGUACAGAUGCCGCCCAGGGUACACCAUGGACAAGGACAAGUCACCCCUGGUCACCUGUGACACCAACUCCACCUGGGCUGCCCAGCCUGACUUCUGCAUCGGAAAGUCGUGUGGCCCACCAGAGCUCACAAAUGGCAACUUUGAGUUCACAACCAACCUCCUGUUUGGGUCAACAAUAACCUACACCUGUAACUAUGGGUACCGAUUGGUUGGGAAGCCAACUGCCACCUGUGUGCUUGAAGGCUCUCAAGUUUCCUGGGACAACAUUCCAUACUGCACCAUUAUUCCCUGUUUACAACCUCCCAAGAUAGAGAAUGGGCAGGUGACUGAUGGGGAAGGAGACUUCACCUUUGGCAUGACUGCAACCUACAGCUGCAACAAAGGUUUUGCUCUUAUUGGAGAGGCCACAAUUCACUGCACAAUGGAUGAGAACCUUGAGGGAGUGUGGAGUGGUCCAGCCCCUGAAUGCAGAGUGGUCAGCUGUAAGAACCCAGAAGUGCCCAAUGGGAAAAGGCUGUCUGGCUUUGGCACCAAGCACACAUACAAAAACACAGUGACAUUUGAGUGCCAGCCUCAUCACCUGCUGAGUGGCAGCAGUGUAGUUACUUGUGAAGCAGACAGUAACUGGAAUCCACCUCUGCCAACGUGUGACCCAAUCUACUGUGGUCCUGCUCCACAAUUCCCCUUCGCCAAGCUGCUGCUGGCUGUUGGUGAGAGCUCUCCUGCUGGAACUGUGCUGAGCUAUCAGUGUAAGCCAGGCUAUGCUGCAGCAGGAGGAAAGUCCUCUGAUGUCACUUGUCUGGAUAACACAACCUGGUCUGCAGACCCAGACUUCUGUACCCGGCAGCACUGUCUUGCUCCCACCAUAGCCAAUGGGGAUGUGGAUGCCAAGGAGUUCCUCUUGGAGUCAGUGGUGGUGUUCACCUGUCGGCCUGGGUAUAAAUUAAAGGGUUCAUCCUCUGCCAAAUGUGUGGUGUCAGGAAGUGGAGUGGAUUGGGAUACAGCACCUCCAUCCUGUGAAAGACAGCUCUGUGGAGAGCCUCCCACCAUUGACAAUGGGCUGCACAAUGGCACCAAGGCCACAGCCUUUGUCCAUGGCUCUGUGGUAGUUUAUAAGUGCAAGGAUGGCUUCACCCUUGCUGGAGCAGCCUUUCUGCAGUGCCUUGCAGGAGAGCGAGACCAGGGAGUCUGGAGCAGGCCUGCUCCUGAAUGCAGAGGUGGAGCAAACAUCAUCAUUGUUGGACUCUUUCCUCUCCUCCUGGCAAUGCUGAUUAUGAACAUCUAG